UUCAGUACAUACCACACCCCUGCAUUAACACAUGAUUUUUGUUUGCCUUUCUCGUCUUGCUUGAUUUUGCAAUAAAAAGUGACGACUCUGUAGCUUAGAGGGUCCUAACUGGAUUUUGCAAAAGAUUUUCAUCAUCAUUUAAGGAAAAAUGGCAGGCAGUCAGGACGAAGUUUGGAUUUUUGCUUAUGGGUCGCUUAUGUGGAAAGUCGACUUCGCCUAUUCAGUCAGCAUCCCAGGCUAUAUAUUUGGGUUCAAAAGAAGAUUUUGGCAGCUAAGUGAGGACCACAGAGGUGUCCCCGGCAAGCCUGGAAGAGUUGUGACAUUGGUUCCUGGAGACGAAUCUGACACUGUUUGGGGCACCGCAUAUCGGCUUCAAGGGUCACCUGCAGAAGUUGAGCAAGUCAUGGAAAAACUGGACCACAGAGAGAAAGGAGGCUAUGAAAGAUUAUCAGUAGACUUCUAUUAUAGAGAUGGAGAAACCGUCAUCAAAGAUGUUACCAUUUACAUUGCUUCGAAGAGCAAUCCACUGUUCUCCCCUCACGAGGGAGAUGUCGACUCGCUCGCCAAACAAAUUCUAAAUAGUCAUGGACCAAGUGGCUCCAAUGUGGAGUACGUCCUCAAACUAGCAGAAGCCAUCAGGUGCCUGUAUCCAGACGAGGAUCACCACUUAGACGACCACGUCAUGGAGCUGGAAGCCAAGCUGAAAAGCCUGCAGACCAACAGAUAACUACUGUGAUUUCUUAAAUUAAGAGACAGCUCUUAUCCAUGGUCUUUUUUUAUUAAUCAAGUUAGUACGUAGAUAAUCAGCUAACAGUAAAAUAAAUAUUAUUGUUUUAAGCAUGAGGACUCGGCGCGCAAGGAAUGGACUGAGUUGGUGCGAAUGUUGUGCAUUACUUUUUAGUCCAGAGUAAAUAUCCUAGCUGCUAUGUCAUCGAUUAACCAGUCCAUUCCGGGCAAGAGAUUCUCUCCAGUCAAGGCACUGCACCACAUUAUCCGCCAGUGGUGCGUUUUAAUUGUUUCCAACUGCAUCACCUGCAAGAUAUUUGCAAUUUUAAGUUUAUUUUUAAUGGCUACUUAAAUUGGAAAAUUGACCAACGUUGAGUAUGCCGAUAUUACGGACCAAAAUGUGUUUCAUAUAUUUAAUUGCACGGUAAUUCUUUAGUUAUAUAACCAAAAGCAACUGAUUUGUAAUUUUGAAAUGCAGCUUGAUAAUAAAAACUAAAAGCAUUAAAAUUUA